AUGCCCAUCAGUGUUUCGGGGACAUUAUUGUUUGGCCAUCAGCUGCUUCUUCGGGGAGAUGAAGCGUCUCGACUUUUGGGCUUCGUAUUCUGCCUGCUUCAGAGAUCACCUGAAGUUUGGGGUUUGGAUCUUCAUUCUCGCCCUUUCUGCCUCCUGCCUGAAUCCGCAGCCCUUCUCCUAUCUCAGGUUGCCAACAUGGGUAAGGAAAAGUUGCACAUCAACAUUGUCGUUAUCGGCCAUGUCGACUCCGGCAAGUCGACGACGACUGGUCAUCUCAUCUACAAGCUGGGUGGGAUUGACAAGCGUGUGAUUGAGCGCUUCGAGAAGGAAGCCGCUGAGAUGAACAAGAGGUCCUUCAAGUACGCCUGGGUGCUGGACAAGCUCAAGGCGGAGCGCGAGCGUGGUAUCACCAUCGAUAUCGCUCUGUGGAAGUUCGAGACCAACAAGUACUACUGCACGGUCAUCGACGCUCCCGGCCAUCGCGAUUUCAUCAAGAACAUGAUUACGGGUACCUCGCAGGCUGACUGUGCUGUUCUGAUCAUCGACUCCACCACUGGUGGUUUCGAGGCCGGUAUUUCCAAGGAUGGUCAGACCCGUGAGCACGCUCUGCUGGCGUUCACCCUUGGUGUGAAGCAGAUGAUCUGCUGCUGCAACAAGAUGGAUGCCACCACCCCUAAGUACUCGAAGGCUCGUUACGAGGAAAUCGUGAAGGAGGUGUCGUCGUACCUGAAGAAGGUCGGCUACAACCCCGACAAGAUUCCCUUCGUGCCCAUCUCCGGUUUCGAGGGUGACAACAUGAUUGAGCGCUCCACCAACCUGGACUGGUACAAGGGCCCCACCCUGCUGGAGGCUCUGGAUCAGGUGUCCGAGCCCAAGAGGCCGUCCGACAAGCCUCUGCGUCUGCCCCUUCAGGACGUGUACAAGAUCGGCGGUAUCGGAACAGUCCCGGUCGGUCGUGUGGAGACUGGCGUGCUGAAGCCAGGUAUGGUCGUCGUGUUCGCUCCCAGCGGUCUGACCACUGAGGUGAAGUCGGUGGAGAUGCACCACGAGUCUCUGCCCGAGGCUGGCCCCGGCGACAACGUUGGCUUCAACGUGAAGAACGUGUCGGUGAAGGAGCUCAAGCGUGGCUUCGUCGCCUCCGACUCCAAGAACGACCCCGCCAGGGAGGCUGCCAACUUCACCUCGCAGGUCAUCAUCAUGAACCACCCCGGCCAGAUCGGCAACGGCUAUGCGCCUGUGCUGGAUUGCCACACGUCCCACAUUGCCGUGAAGUUCUCUGAGAUCAUCACCAAGGUGGACAGGCGUUCCGGCAAGGAGCUGGAGAAGGAGCCCAAGUUCGUGAAGAACGGUGAUGCUUGCUUUGUGAAGAUGAUUCCCACCAAGCCCAUGUGCGUGGAGACCUUCUCCGAGUACCCUCCUCUUGGUCGCUUUGCCGUGCGUGAUAUGAGGCAAACAGUGGCUGUCGGUGUCAUCAAGAGCGUUGAGAAGAAGGACCCCUCUGGUGCCAAGGUCACCAAGGCUGCUGCCAAGAAGAAGUGA